GCUAUUCAGUGCAGACUCAGCCCGCACACUACUCGUUCGCGCUAGGUAGUUGCAAAGCAUUCAUUGCGGAGUACGGUCGCUCGCCUCUCUGCAUCACACCGUAAACAAAAAAAAUCAGUGCAUCUGUGUUUCAUUUCAAAUGACUGUGAAAGAGUUUUAAUAAUUGUGAUCAAGUGCAUGAUGCUAAAUUUAAUUGAAUUAGUGAACGCUCGCUUGUUCGAUAGUUCUGCGGAUUGCCAAUAAACAUUUGUGUGACAAUAUUAAUUUAAUAUGUAACGAAUCUCUAUUGAGUAACAAUGGACAGAUUAACCGGACUGCUCGUCCUUUCAAGUGAUUUGAAUGAAAACUAAAUAAUAUCAUAGUGAUGACAGUUACAAAGUGUUAGUUUUGCUGAAGCAAGUGCAUGUGAUUAAAUUUUACGCCACUGGUUAAAAUAUAAAAAGAACAAUCAACAUGCGCGGGGUACUACUGUCCAGCGGGUCCAGUAGUGAUCAAGAAAGGACCAGCAAAGAUAUUCGACUACAAUUGAACGAACAAUUACGAUGUCUCGACGUCCGCAUGGAAGCACAAGUCGGGCUGGUCGCAGAGUUACAAGACUUCUUCAGGAAACGCGCUGAAGCAGAGCUGGACUAUAGCAAAAGCUUAGAUAAAUUGGCCAAAUCACUCCAACUGAGGCAUAGAGAACAAAAACAAAAGCGCGAACAAUGGCCUUUGUUCAGCAGUUACUCUUGUUGGCAGCGUCUGGUCGAACAAACUCGAUCUCUAAGUCGCGACCAUGCAGCAUUAGCAGAGGUUUAUUCGGCACAUCUUGUCCAGAGGCUCCAGCAGGUUGCCGAAGACGUGCAGCGUAUAUACAGACGCUGUCGCGAAAUCGGCUACGAGACGCAUGAAGAAAUAUUGCGUGUGCUGCAGGAGUUACAUGCAACUAUGAAAACUUACCACGGUUACCAGGGCGAAUGUAGAGCCGCGGAAGGUAAACUGCGCGCGGCUCGAAAUCAGCAGGCCAAGCUGGAGCAAGCCGUGCCCAAGGAGAAGCUCGAACGGAGCAAGAAGUAUAGACUGAUUGAAAAAGAAGUUUCUAAGCGCAAAAGCAAGUACGCCGAUGCUCGAUUGAAAGCAUUGAAAGCGCGGAAUGAGUAUCUGCUUUGCCUCGAAGCUUCUAAUACAACAAUCCAUAAAUAUUUUGUGGAUGAUCUCUCUGAUCUUAUAGAUUGCAUGGAUAUCGGCUUCCAUAGCUGUGUGUCCCGAGCGCUUCUCAUGCACGUUUCUGCCGAGAACGGUCGAGGCAGGGCAGUGCAGACCGGAGCCGAACAACUGGCUCAGCAAGUUCAGGCCUUGGAUUCGCGUGCCGACAAACAGCGCUUCUUGGAGGCGAAUCAUCAAGCUUUCAUGAUACCCAAAAAGCUUGAAUUUCAAGGGCAACGUGCGGAUGAUAUCGCCAAUUCACCUGCACAGGAAUCUGAAGUCGAGCUUCAGAAGGCUCUUCGCGUAGAUAUGGAUAAUCGUUUGGAGCAAUUACGCCAAAGAUUAUCUAAUUUACGUAUGGAAUCUGAAGAAGUAUGGAAAACCCUUGAGACUGCUGAAACCUCUUUAUUAGGAAUGCUUAACGCUAAAGAUUAUGAAUGCUCUGACAUGUUCGGAGAUGGUGCUUCAACUAACCCCAAACCGCCAGAGUUAACUAUUAUGAAAGCAAGAGCGGAUCGACAAGAAACCGAAGAUUUUUAUUUGACGAAAUUCCGUGAGUACCUUCUUGGAACAUCUCGGAUAGCGAGGCUGGAUUCAAAACAUGAAUAUUUGCGGCAAGCGUUGCAAUCAGAGGCAUCUGAAGACGCCAUGGCUUCUCUUAAUACGUCGGUCGGUGGUGGACCUGGUAAGCCUCGACGCAAGCGUAUCGGCCGGCGUUAUCAGUCCGGACAACCAAAGCUAUUUGGAGGAUCGCUGGAAGAGUAUCUCGAAGCUACGAAUCAAGAAAUACCACUUAUUAUGAAGAGUUCUAUUAGGAUCAUUAAUUUGUAUGGUCUGCAUCACCAGGGUAUUUUUCGUGUUUCUGGAUCGCAGGUAGAAAUUAACAAUUUUCGAGAAAACUUUGAGCGCGGUGAAGAUCCAUUGGCUGAUAUGACUGACGCCAGCGACAUCAACAGCGUGGCCGGCGUUUUAAAGUUGUAUUUAAGGGAAUUGCGAGAACCGCUCUUCCCUAUCAUUUACUUUGAUCAUUUGAUGGAACUGGCCCGUGAGUUAAACGAAUUAGAAAGCAAACACGACUUUGUGAUAAAAAUGAAAGAUUUCAUUGCAAAUCUUCCAAGGCCAGUUGUGAUUGUUAUGCGUUACUUAUUUGCAUUUUUAAAUCAUCUUUCGGAAUACUGUGAUGAAAACAUGAUGGACCCAUACAAUUUAGCUAUUUGUUUUGGACCGACAUUAGUUCCGGUACCAGAUGAUAGAGAUUUAGUUCAAUUCCAGAAUUUAGUUAAUGAACUCAUUAAGAAUAUUAUUGUCUUCUAUGAAGAUCUAUUUCCCAAAGAUGGCGGCAUUUUAUACGAGAAAUAUAUAUCAAAGGAACCAGAUGAUCAGGAUGUUGGUGAUUCGCCUAUUGAUCAUAUUCAAGAAGAUAUGGAUUCAGAAGUAUUUCCUUCUGAAGAUGAAUGCGAUUCAUUAGAAGCUACAGCACAGUUCGAUUUUAUAGCUCGUUCGGAUAGAGAGCUGUCCUUACGGCGAGGACAGCAUGUCACAUUAUUUUCACAAGUGAGCAACGACUGGUGGAGAGGAGCUGUCGGAGGCAAGGAAGGGUUGAUUCCAGAUAAAUACAUUUCCAUUAAAAUAAAGGGCGAAGAAAACAAAACGGACCCUUUAAAAUCGUCCUCCAGCGAGGAAUCGAUGCGCCGCCGUGGCAGUUCGGAUGCAUCGUCUCACCUUAAACUGCACACCUUGAAUUCCAUGCAAAUGGACUCGCCCUCCAGCCUGGAUACGGCGACUCCUUCGCCCACUCUAUCUGAUCCUGCAUCUUUACCAGGAGCGUCAUCGGCACCUUGGACACUCCAUCGCGAGAAAUCAUCACUCGGAUCGCCACGAUUACAAAUUCGGAAAAGUCUACCAAGCACGAAUUCUGAAGAUCUCGAUAAACCCAAGUGUAUAGAUCAAAAGCCGCCUCCAAUUUACGCGGAGCCCCACAAACCGAAUCAUUCAGCAAUAGUGGAUAAAACGAACAUGGAAUCGACGUUAGUUGUGGAAAUAGAAACCCGCGAGAACGGCUGCGUCAGUAGCUCAGAUGUUGUUGACGCGGGAAAUGAUAAUGGCAUUACAUCUCCAUCCCCUACAACAAGCGAUCCUGGCGAUCUGGAUGACGCUACUGUAGAGAUGAGAAGAAAAACCCAUACGAAAUCUCAGAGCAUCAGCGAUGCUCGUCUUAUUGCUGAAAUCGAUGAGAACAACGUCAGCUUCAAUCAGAAUCGAGAGCUUUGGCAAAUGCGUGCAAGUUCACAAUCUUCUCACGGUUUGAACAAGACAUUCCCAAUACGUCACGCCGAAUCUUGGGGACCAAAACGCACGGCUCCUGAUUUGGUAAUGGAUUUACCGCUAACAGGCACUACUAGUCCUAAAGACAACAAUAAGAAGACGCUCAGCGCUUCCACCGGAUCCUUAAGCGAUCACUCGUCUAGCGAGGAAGAUACGACCAGCAUUUGCACCGUCAAGAUUCUAGAAAGUCCUGACAUGAGCACGGCGGCUGAACGAUUUGCAAAACAAAAUCAAUGCACUUUAAAAAAGAAUACGAAAACUCUAGAGAAACCGAGGGCAGAAGUGAAACCGGUUGCCGUGUUGACUUGCGAAGAUCCAAGUAGAAGUUUGGAAGGCAAGAUAAGUCCUGUACCUCCGCACAACACGCAGAAAUUUGUGAACAAAUUUGCUGACUUGCACUUGACUGGUGGCAGCGCGAUGUCCGUAAGUUCCACUUUCAAACCUCAGUUGAAAGUAAAACCUCAUGUUCUAAGAAAACCUAUGGUGAUGUCGAUGCCUCAGGUUCAAAGUUCGCCUGAGCUGUCAAGAAAAGCGAACAAUCAAGACUAAAAUAUAUUAUCAUAAAAUUAGUACUUAGAUUGACAGAUUUUAUUUUAAUAACGUUUUUACAGUAGUAUACUCUAAGUGACUGAAUACAUAAAUUAUCAAAGUUUUGAUAUUUUUUCAAAAAAAAUGUUGAUAUUAUAUUAUAUAUUAUUUCCAU